ACCAGUGACGUCACAGACCUCCAUUCUCGCAUCUAUGAUGGCGGUGCAGGCUGUACACAUAGAAGGAGACGCGUUCUUGGUCUGUGUGGCUCACUCGCUGAGCACGGAGCGAGAAGAGGUUAUGGGCUUAUGUAUAGGCGAGGUUGACCCACAGAGAGUUGUACACAUUCACUCAGUGAUCAUCUUGCGGCGAUCAGACAAGAGGAAGGAUCGAGUGGAGAUCUCACCUGAACAGCUGUCAGCAGCGACUACAGAAGCUGAUAGAUUGUCUGAGAUUACUGGACGUCCGAUGAGGGUUGUUGGCUGGUAUCACUCUCACCCACAUAUUACAGUGUGGCCAUCCCAUGUUGAUGUGCGCACCCAGGCAAUGUAUCAGAUGAUGGAUGUUGGAUUUGUGGGAUUAAUCUUCUCCUGCUUCAUAGAGGACAAGAAUACCAAGACAGGUCGUAUUCUCUACACCUGUUUUCAGUCAGUUCAAGCACAGAAAAGCAAUGAAUAUGAAAGAAUAGAAAUACCACUUCAUGUUGUCCCACAUGACACUAUUAGGAAAGUUUGCUUGGAGUCCGCUGUGGAACUACCCAAAAUUUUGUGCCAAGAGGAGCAGGAUGCCUAUCGCAGAAUACACAGUCUUGGACACUUAGAUUCCAUUACCAAGAUUCAUAAUGGUUCUGUUUUCACUAAGAAUUUAUGUGGUCAAAUGUCUGCAGUAAGUGGCCCACUUCUACAAUGGCUUGAAGAUCGUCUACAGCAAAAUCACCAGCGUGCCCAGGAGCUAGAACAAGAAAAGGAGAGACUAAUGCGGGAGUUAGAGAGCCUGGACUGAUUAUUUUAUUGACUAUGGUCACGGCAGUGGAAAGUUCCAGUAUUGCAGUUACCAACGUGACCUAGCCAUUGAAUGGUAACCACUGUAUAUUGAACUUUGGACAUUGAUUCUACGAAUCUAAAGCUAAAUAGAAAAAGCUGUGAAUACAGGUUCUACGUUCACAGAUUAAGUGAAGUAACUUCAUAUUAACACAAAUUACGUUUAUUGUCAAGAAGAGAACACUUUUUAACUUGUUUUGUUUCCCAUCUGCUGAAUACUCUGUCUUCCAAUUGUUCAUUAAACAGUUGUUUAUAAACCACUUAUGUACAGUAAUUUAAACUU